AAUCCCACCAGAAACAUCGAGUCCUUACCGGCCGUUAUUAGAGUGCAAAUACCGAAAUCGAAAUUUGAAGAUAGUUUUACGAGGACAUUAACCAUGAAGUCAGGUCAAGUCGUUUGGAUCGGAGUGCUGCUGUUUGCAGCAACUGCCAAUGCUCAGCUGCUGUGCUAUCAUUGUGAGGAUUGUGGCAUGGGAACUGCACCUGUGGUAAUGCCCUGUGGGAUGGAAAACGUUCCACCAGCAGCGCCAACUCCGCAACCUCCCGUUACGCCUCCAACGUUGCCAACAGAAGGGCCAACUGCGGCACCACCUCAACCGGGACCGGAACCUACACCUCAGCCCACCAUUCCACCGGAAAUCACACCUCCUCAACCUACCUCUCAACCGGAACCUCAGCCUUCCCCGCAACCGGAACCAACUGGAGAUCCGAUUCUGACUCCUCCACCAUUGCCCACCACAAUCGCUCCUACCAUGGCUCCUCCCCCACCCCAGGGAAAUCCCGGGGAUCUGGUCACCCCGCCCAUCACGCCGAUGCCGGGUUUCGACUCCCGAUUGAUCAUCCCCUUGGAUCCCGCUCCUCAACAGCCAUUUGUCUGCACCACCGUCCGGACCAAUAACGGUAUGCGGGACAUCGUCCGGCGUGGUUGCGCUCGCCUUGGCCAGAAUCAUGAUCACACCUGUAGCAGCCUUUCCGGAGGUCAACACCAGCAGUGCUCCGUUUGCAUGACCCAUCUGUGUAACGUUUAGUUUUAGUACUUACACGAGCAUAGCAGAUGAAUUUACUCAUGAUUACAUGUGAUUUCGAAUCGAAUCCUAACUACUAGUUGUUAUUUGCCGCCAAGGCACAGUUAUGAACCGGUUAGUUGCGCUAAUCGGAUAUCUAUGAAUAUUUAUUUAGACUUUUAAGGAAAGUAAUCGAUAAGCGUAGUGAAAUUAUUUUUUACCUGAUGUUUCGGAGCAAUUAUCGUUACAAUAUAUGAAAAAAUUAAAAACCAAAGGAAAUCCCAAUAAACAUUACAAUUGUACUCACAAUUCAUCAA